UAUACUCUCUCCUCCUCUCUCUCACUUUCUCUCUCUAUCUCAAUCUCUCUUUCACUAACACUCUUCUACUAUACAUCAAUUACACCAUGUCCACCACCACCACCACCACCACCACCAACAGCAACAGCAAGAGCAAUUGGGGCCCAUACGCCGGCGCCGCUGACUUCGGCGCCAACAUGGGCAUCAUUCUCGCCGCCCUCUUCGCCGCCGUCGCCCUCGCCUUAUCCGCCAACGCCGCCAUCCGCUUCCUCCUCUCCCGCCACCGCCGCCGCAACCGCCAACACCCCCAGCCUGCCGACGCCGACCCCGAGAAGCAGCAGCAGGACCAACAGCAGCUGCCGCCUCCGCCGCCGCCGUCGGUCCUGCUCACGUUCUCGUCGGCGUCUGCGGUGAAGUCGUCGGAGUGCGCGAUAUGCCUGACGGAGUUCGCGGAGGGGGACCGGGUGAGGGUGCUGCCGGCCUGCGCCCACGGAUUCCACGGCGGCUGCGUCGAGAGCUGGUGGCUGCAGUCUGCCGCCACAGCCACCGCCGCCCCCGCCCGGCGCCAGUCGUGCCCGACGUGCCGCGCCAGCUGCUGCCUGCAGACGGCGACGGCACCCGCCGGAGGUGGCGCGAGCUGACGAGCCUGCACGCAGAUCGAGAUUGUGCAGCGCGCGCGGUGAGUGAGUGAGGGAAUUAUUGCAUUUUUAGUUAAGACUUUAUUAUUUAUAUAUAUAUAUAUAUAUAUAGUAAUUAAAGGAGGAGAUCAGGAGAGUGUGUAAAGUUUAAUUUGUUUUUUAAUUUGUUCCUCUGUGUGGCUCCCUCGAUCGGUAGAAA